GGUUCUGCUCUUCAGUCUGAUCCGCUCUGAUUAUCUUUACUGAAGCUGUUUAUCGAAUUUUAUGUUUAAUUAGUUUGUGAAUUUUAAUCGGAUUUUGGUGAAGAGUAGUGGUGUGAGAUGGGGAAGCCGCUGCAGAAGAAGAAGAGUUUGGUGGAUAAGGUGCGUAAGAGCAGCGCCCCCUCUCAGAUCAAAACCAACCCGUUCGAGGUGAAGAUCAACAGAAAGAAGUUUGAGGUUUUGAACAGAAAGAGUAAACAUGACGUGGGACUGCCGGGUGUGUCCAGAUCUAAAGCUGAUCAGAAGCGUAAACAAACUCUGCUGAAGGAAUUCAGACUCAAACACAAAACAAACUCCUUCAUCGACCGGCGCUUCGGAGAGUACGACCCCAAAAUCACCCCGGAGGAUAAAAUCCUGAAACGAUUCGCUCUGGAGAGACAGCGUAAUCAGAUGAAGAAGGACAUGUUUAAUCUGAAUGAUGAGGAGGAGCUGACUCACUACGGUCAGUCUCUCUCUGAACUGGAGAAGUUUACAGACGUGCUGGACAGUGAGAGUGAUUCAGAGGAGAGAGGACUGCUCUCAGCUGAACUGACUGCGUCACAUUUCGGAGGAGGAGGAGGAGGAGGAGGAGGAGGAGGACUGCUCCGCAAGAAAACCACCACUGAGGAGAACGAGGAUGAUAAAAAACCCAAAUCACGUCAGGAACUCAUCGAGGAACUCAUCCUCAGAUCCAAGCAGGAGAAGCGAGAGCGUCAGACUCAGAAGGAUGAAACUCAGGAACUGACGGAGAAACUGGACCAGGAGUGGAAAUCCAUCCAAAACCUGCUGGCUCAUAAAACUCCUAAAGGAGAACGUAAGGAGGAGGAGCAGAAACCCAAGCUGGAUGAAUAUGAUAUCGUGGUACGUGAGUUGGGGUUCGAGAUGAAAGCUCAGCCAUCAGAGAAGCUGAAGACUCCAGAGGAGAUCGCUCGAGAGGAGAGAGAGAAACUACAAAAACUCGAGGCAGACAGGAGGAGGAGGAUGGAGGGGGAGGUGGAGGAAACUUCCAAACACAUUUCUGCUGAUGACCUAAACGACGGAUUCAUCCUCGACAAGGACGACCGGGAAGCUCUGUCCUACCAGGAUGGAAAGUGGACCAUUGGGGGAGCAGGAGAGGAGGAGGGGGGUGAGGAAGAUGAAGAGGAUGAGAAUGAUGAUGAGGGUGAUGAAGAGGAGGAGCAAGAAGGUGAAGAUGAUGGUGAAGAUGAUGGUCACUCAGACCUGGAGGAGAGUGAAGCUGAGGAUGAUGAUGAUGAUGAACAGGAGGAAGAUGAGGAAGAAGAUGGAGAAGAGGAGUAUCCAGCAGUAGAAGAGAAGUGCACUCUGAGUGAGGAGGAGAGGAGAGCGAUUCAGGACACAGCCCAAUCUGAACUACCCUACACCUUCUCAGCUCCCGAGUGUUGCUCUGAUCUGAAGGAGAUGCUGCAGGGUCACUCUGCUAAAGAGCAGCGCCUCAUAGUGGAGAGAACCAUGAAGUGUAACCACCCGAGUCUGGCUGUGGGGAACAAAACUAAACUGCAGAAGUUAUUUGGCUUCCUGGUGGAGUAUUUAGGUGAACUGGCUACCCAGAAUCCUCCACAACUCACCACCAUCAACACUCUCAUCCCUCAGGUUUACUCUCUCGCCCAGCUCUUCCCUGAUGCAGCCUGUAAGGUGAUGCAGUCAGUGAUUAGCGACAGUGCUCACAGCAUGGAGGAAAGUGUAGAGGUCAAAGGUCGAGCACCAUUCCCAGGCCUGGAUAUGUUGGUGUAUCUGAAGAUCGUCAGUCUGUUGUUCCCUGCAUCUGAUUUUCGUCACCCAGUAACAACACCAGUGUUCCUCUACAUCAGCCAGGCUCUCACCAAGUGUGUAGUUGUAUCGUUGGACAGUGUGUGUGCCGGGUUGAUCCUGUGUUGUGUAGCGGUGGAGUGUGUGUGUCUCUCUCAGCGCUUCUUCCCCGAACUCAUCAACUUCCUGCUGGGGCUCCUACACCUGGCUGUACCCUCACACACCUGUACAGAUUACACGCUGGUUCCUCCCUUCAGGCAGCAGAGUAAGUGUGCUGAGCUGCUGUUGGUGUGUGAUGGUGAAUCUGCUCACAGCUGGAAGAGGAAACACAUCCCACUCACAUCUGUACCAACAACUCAAACACCACUAAAGAGUGAUCACUACAGGUUAUCGAUGGUGUACGUGUGUUUGGAUUUAGUAAAGAGACUCACACAGCUUUAUCGACAACUUCCCUCAUACCAUCACAUCUUCCAUCCAAUCAGAGCGCUCCUCACUAAACAUCUUCCUGUUACACGUUACCCAGCAGCACUGCAGGAGCUGCACAGAGAGAUUCUGGAGGCCCUGUCAGAAACGGUAUCCCAGCAUGCACCUCUGGUGUUUGAUAAGAAGAAACCAAUCCCUCUAAAACUACUGGAACCCAAACUAGUGCAAGUGUUGGAUCACGGGAGGAAGAGAGGAGGGACGAGGGAGGAGCGCGAGCAGGAGAAACUCAAACACAAAGUGAAGAAAGAAUUUAAAGGAGCUCUGAGAGAGAUCAGGAAAGAUUCACGAUUCCUCGCUCACACCAAACUCACCGACACACUCAACAGGGAUGCGGAGAGGAAGAGGAAGGUGAAGGAGCUGUAUGGCAGUUUGGCCACUCAGGAGGGAGAGUGGAAAGCACUAAAGAUGAGAAAGAGGAAGUGAUGUAACAAUGUAAACGCUGCUUCCUGUUGGUUCAGUCGGUGCUGAUGAGAUUGUUUUGAUUUUGUGUAACAGAAACUGUUUGUAAAAUAUAAAAUAAAUCUGAUCCGUCUGAGGCGUCUCGUUCCUACAGAA